UAUCCCUCCAUAUCUCUCUGAACAUGAUCUGGAAUGCUUAAAGACCCUUCUCCAAUGGCUUCCCCUCCAACCCUCAGAUGUUGGUGCUUCCGCUUAGCUCUACUUUGCUGGUUUAUUACACGUUGCAAAUCAGACCAAGAUCCGGUGGACAUUGCUACGAAAGGAUUAACAUGCUUCAACGAUCACUAUAUUUAUAGCAGCUGCGGAGAAUCAUACAGACUAAGUGCGGCAGGGACCAUCAAUGUCCCUCCGGAGGCAACCGACCAGUACUGCGAGGGGCCAUGUUUGGUUGAGACAAAUCUUGUGCUCCAGUGCUUGGAUAGCAUAUUGUACAAUUUCCAAUUUUACAAUGGUGCAACUGUCCAAGAUGUGAAGUAUGCUCUCAACACCGGAUGUGGUCAUACUAGCAAGAGAGGGGACUUCAAUGUUUUGGAACACUCGGAAGGUCAAAAUGGAGAAUAUGGUUACUACGGCCACGGGAACAAGCUGGGCAUUCCCACGUACUUGAUGAUACUCUUAGGCUGUGGACUGCUUCUUUGGGGCUUCUGAUGUAUUGCCCUGCUAAAAAGGGAGAACUAGUCUUGUAUCUAAUAUGGGUACUUGUGAACUUAUUAUAGUGUGAGUGAACUGAUUAAGGGGAAAGCUCGUUGACAUAUGCAAACCUUUCUUGCAAAUCA